AGUAAUUUGACAGUUAACUUCAUCUUUCAAAUUCAAUUUAAUGAUUUAAUCAACAAAAAUGCUAUUGAUUAGUUGGGUUUUUUGAAGUAUUUUGUGAAAUGACUUAUAAUACAUUCUAAGUUAUGAGUAAAAUAAAUUAAAGAAUGGGUAACACUAGCAAAAAGCUGGCAGCAAAAUGUGCUCUGCUAACUAAGGAGGAGCAGAAGUAUGUUGCGGCAACAUUCAGGGCAGCCAGCAAGAACUCGGAGAGAAUAAGGGAAGAGGACCUCAUCGUGAGUGGCAAAGUAGAUGCAGUGUCCUUAGAAAAGUUUUGGGGUCCGCAAAUUGAUCCGAGGUUGGCUCAAUAUCUCACCAAUUUUCUCUUCGGCUGCGGUCAACAGAAAACAGCCACAGUGGAUUUUAACAGGUUCGCUGAGCUCUACGUCUACAAUGUUAGAGGCACUGUCGAGGAGAGAAUGAUGGUGACAUAUAAUUGUCUAGGUAUGGAUUACAAUGAAGACGCCGAGUUGCCCUAUCAACUUUUAAAAGAGUAUUGCGAGAGCAUAGUGUCGACGUACAUGAAGAUAGUUAAGUCUUCGUCGACGAAACGCGCGUCCACGUGGUUGGAGAAAGGUUUCAGGGCGAGCGCCUCGCACGUCCAAAGUCUAGGUGAGGCGGUCGCGGCUACCAUCGGGGACUUGGAGACGGCGCAGCAUCAUUGUACAGCAACCCAACUGUCUAAAUGGUUGCAAUCCAACAUCCUUCUGAAGCAGCUCGCGGAGCUAGUGUACGUGAACCUGUAUGGUAUUAACAGACGUGGUGGUGACGAGAGCCCCACUCCCAUGCCACCAGCCGCGCCAUCUUUGCUGCCGGCAGUUGAAGGGUUGGAGGCAAUGCCGGACUACCCCGCAUUCAUAGAUCUCUCGCACGUCGUGUGGAUCAACAGUCAUCUGCCGCCGCAGCAUCAGCAUAAAUGGAGAUUCCUCUUCUCGACCAACAUACAUGGGGAAUCCUUCUCCACUAUGACCGGUCGUAUCAUCGACCAGGGUCCAUCAGUGAUCAUAGUCGAGGACUCCAGCGGGUAUAUAUUCGGGGGCUUCGCCACAGCCUCGUGGGCCUUCGGUCCAAACUUCACCGGCACCGACGACUCCUUCCUCUUCACGUGCGUGCCUAAGAUGAGAGUGUACCCGGCGACCAAUUACAACGAUCACUACCAGUACCUGAACCAUCACACAAAGACCUUGCCCAACGGACUUCUAAUGGGUGGUCAGUUUAAUUUCGGGGGUAUCUGGAUAUCAGCGGAACCGUUCGGUGAUGGUGCGUCCGCUGAGUCCUGCAGCACCUUCCGCGGGUACAGGCGUCUCAGCAAGGAACCGACGUUCAGACUUCGAUCACUUGAAGUUUGGGCCGUUGGUGACAAACCUUUGCUCGAUAAGGACGGGGAUGAGCGUGACGUAAGCAUCCUGGAUACGAACCCUGAAGCGAAGGCGAUACUCGAUAUGGCGGGGCGGACGCGUCACAGCGAAGGUCUGAGAGAACAGCCACCGUUAUAAUGAAACCAUCGAGCUAUAUUUAUGGUGUAAUUUUCUGUGCGCAUUUCGUUUCGCAUAUGACGCAAUAACGUACAAGUGUUCUUAGAGCUGGACAAGGGCUAUUCAAACACGGCGACACGACAUCCACACGAUAUUAUUACUUAAUAAAAUGAUUAAAUGAACCCAGAAGUUGUCGUGUCGGUGUCGUGACGCUGUCGUUAACUGUAAAAAGAUUUCGGUCUUUUCUAACUGUCAUUUUGUAAAUUUCUUUAAAUGACUAGUCAUAAUUUAUUGAAAUAUAUAACUCUAUUUCAUUUGUUACCGUUAUAAUAAUAAGUUUAUAAAAACUUGAUUACAUCCUGUUCUAUGUAUUAUAGUAGAUAGUUAGCGAAUAUUGAAUAUUAGAUACAUUUUUACAAAUUAUACAAAUGCACUCGAUAUAUUUUUGGCGCCAAAAUUUGUGCCAAUUGACAUUUGUUUUGAUAACGCACAGUCAUGUAACAUUCCCGUCUGUUGACUUUUUUUUUCUUUUAAAUGUUUUUACGGCUCUGUAAAAACCGUCAGUUGACUCACCAAAUAUUAUUGCCAUAAUUUCAUUAUAAAUUUCUGAAUUAAAUUAAUUAUGAAUAAAAUGAAUAUACAUAUUGAUGUUAAUAUCACUCGAAUUAUAGAGAUGGCUUGAGAUAAUCUGAAAUUUAUAUUAAGAAAAUCUGUUUUCACCGUGAAGAUGGCAACACUUAUUUUAUAAUCAAAGCACAGAAAAGUAACUUGAAUGUAUGUAAUUGUUUUGCUUGUUGUUUUAACCGCUUCCAGCUUUUGCUGUAUGGUCCAAUUAUUAAAAAAAUAUAAUAUAUACAUAUGUAUAUUAAAUUAAAUUAAUUUAAUCUUUAAUUUUGGUUACAGAGAAGUUAAAAGGUAAUGAUUUGGAUACGGUUUUGUAAUCGAUAAAUUUAUCGCAUUGUGCGAAAUCUUUUUCUAUGGUCAAUUGUAAAUAAAUAGUAAUCCGAAUGUUGUUUUUUUUACACCCUAAUAAAUAUUUUUUUUAUUUUUUUAAAUCUUAUAUCAAUGUAUGUGUUCUAUUAGUUUUUAAAUAUACAAUUAAUAUAUACAAAUGUAUGGGACAGUUUAAUUUUUACAUUUUAUCACCUAAUAUAAGUUUUAUAUGAACUGUAAAAGUCAUAUUCUCUGCGGUUUCAUUGGUUUAUGGUUUCCGUAGUUUGCGAACCGGAAGUGAAAUCUGUCUGGAGUUGAAAUCUCACCUGUCUUUUAAUUCUCGAACAAAGCUUCGGUAUUCAUGAAUGUAAGGAAAUAAAGAAGAUAUUUUUAAUAAAACAUUUAUUAUCA